CAAAACCCGGUUGUGCUUUCCUUCAUUGCCUCUGCUCCCUUGACUCUCUCGACCGAUUUUGAUUUACUGUAUGAGCUAUUUCUAUGGAUAGCCCAUCUCAGGUGACAGUUUUGCCUGCUGCUUCAAGGUUAGAAUCCAAUAAUGUAGCAAGUGGAGCAGUACCAAAUGAAGAUCAGUGUUUUCUCCUGUACUUCAUUUUCAGUACCUAUUUUGGUCCUGAUCUGAAAGGGGAACCACAGAAGUCAGUUUUUCAAAGAAUGGCAGAGGGCCUUCCACCAUAUACUUCUGAUCAACUAGCUGGAUCACACAUGAAAGCUGUAGAAGUAGAAAGGAUAUACUAUUAUGCACUUAGGAAUGCAGAUCAAUCUCUUACUGUUAGAUUACCUUGGUUGAACCAAUUUUUUAAGGGAAAUCUCCCAAUAUCUGGUAGUAACUUGCCCGUCAUACAUCCUCAGUUUCCUGAUCUUUUUCCUCCCCAACUACAUCCCCAUUCACAGUUCAGAAAUCAUUACAAAAUCAUUGAAAACAUUGUUUUUAUUAACAACCCAGAUGUCUCUUACAAUAACCCAGAAGAUGUAGAAAGGUUUAGAAGGUUAACUAGGAGUGAGAAUAUGGUUCUGCGCAGAGAUGCUGCUAGGUUCCACAUUUUGGAAGACCAUAGUGUUUUGUAUGACGUGCAAGUUAAAGAAGCUGAAUCCAAUGAAGAUUCUCCUCCCAUUAUGUCAUCUUAUAUUUCUCAGAGAAAAAGACGUAUAGGCGAUGCCAUGAGAUCCAAGGAAAAAGAUAUUCAUGAUGUGGAACCUGUAAAUAGUAUGUCAUCAGGUGUUGCGCAGAGGAUGUAUCCUUGUAUGGCUCCAUUGCCAACCAAGGGUGACACCAAAUUUCUGGAUGCUGUUGGUCCAGCAAUGAUAUUUCUUUCUUCUCGCCCAACCAAACAAGAGUGGGCUGAUAUAACAGCUGCCACUAAAAGUGGAUUUGCAUUGACUGGGACUGCAGCCAUGGGGCGUGUUGGACCAAUUGUCGGACUCAUGGACAUUGGCGAGUUUGACGACUCAUAUCUGUUUCGUGUUGCUCUUCCAGGAGUGAAAAGAAAUGAAAGGGAUUUCAGUUGCGAAGUUGAUACCUCUGGGAAGGUACUAAUAAGGGGAGUGACAACAACAGGUGAGAAAUCAGUGUACAGGUACUCCCAAGUGUUUGAAAUGCAAAGUCGGAACCUUUGCCCCCCAGGAUACUUUUCGAUCACAUUUCAGUUGCCAGGACCAGUUGAUCCUCAACAGUUUACUGGAAAUUUUGGCACUGAUGGGAUUCUGGAGGGAAUUGUGAAGAAAGAAAGACAGAUUAGUUGAUAAGUAGAUUGCUUCUUGUAGAAAGGUCUUACCUCACUUGUUUGAACUUGUAACUGUAUGUUCAGUUACUAAAGCCAACUCCAUGGUAUUAAAAUGAUGAGAUUGAAAUUUAUGGAAUUUACUCUCUUUUAAUCAGUUUUUCCUGAGGUUGACCAGACAAUGACCUGGCUUAUUGUAUUUUUUCAUUCAGAUAUUGACCAGACAAGUUCAUUCUUGUUUGCGAAUGAUGCAAAGAUGAGUAAGGUUCUUG